CAUGACCAAGUCCUCAGCUGUGCUCUUUAUCCUCUUUUUCUCUCUUGUGUUCAAACUUGAGGAGCCUAACCCUUUCCUGAUCCUGGUGGUUCUGCUCAUCUCCAGCGGUCUCUUCAUGUUCACCUUCGAGUCGACACAGUUCAACAUGGAGGGCUUCAUCAUGGUGCUGCUGGCCUCCUUCAUCGGGGGGAUCCGAUGGACCCUCACGCAGGUCCUCAUGCAGAAAUCAGAGCUGG